UGCAUUGCAGUGUGUUAGCGCAACGGUGUCACAAACGAUCACACCGUGACGUUAGGAUGCGACGUCCGUCUUCAACGUCGUCCGUUUUUCUUCUAUGGGCGUCGUUGCAGGGCGUGGACGCGGGUCGUUCCUCGCUCAUUGCCGGAAGGAUGGCAGCAUCUCCGCCUGGUGCUGCAACAAGCGGCGCAACUGCGACGACGUUUUGUUCCAGCAGCGGCCACGGCAGUAGGAUGCGUUGGUCUAGGCCCGAGGAAAGAAAGAAGCCUCGAAUAAGCGCGCUAACGCCUGGUGCUCGAAGCCUGUCCGCAGCGCAGACGGCGUGGGCAACAUCUCCAGCAGCAGGAAGUGCUGCCACGCGUUGCUCGAACAACAGACGUCGUCUGGCACGAGCAGCGUCUCACACAACGACGCGCUUGCCUGCGAACGCCCACGCACGCCGACGGCGCCAGGCCAUCCCACCGCUAUCUUCGGCCGACACGGAAGACCCCGAGGCUGCUGCCGGUCAGUCGUUGUUCAUCUUCGGCGUGGGAUACGUCGCCACGGCUGUUGCCCUGACCUUUCUGAGGAAGGGCUGGACCGUACACGGCACUUGCACCGACCCGAGAAAGGUCAAGUCCCUGGGAGAUCAGGGAAUAAAGCGAGAGUUACUGGUCGUUGCGUGUCCGCUGUUCUGCUCGGCCUAG